AGAAAAUGAAUGAAUUUAGUUUUAAGCAUAUUAAGAUAUCAUUAGGAUAUCCAAUUUAAAAUGUUUAAUAGAAAUUUGGCAAUGUGGAUCUGAAGCUCAGGAAAGAGAAUGGAUUUAAAUAUAUAGAUGUGGCAGACAUCUUCAUUAAUAGUAAUUAAUGCCCUUAGUGAUGAUGAGGUUACCAAGAGAGCAUAUGCAGAAGAGGGAAUAAAAGAAGGGCCAAAUCAAUGGGUAUCAAUGGUCAGACUGUGGAAGAUUUUUGUUAAAUAUAAAGAAGCAUUUUCUAACAUUUAGAGUUGCCGAUAAAUACAAAGGCUUCCUGGUGUUAUAGUGUACUGCUUACAUUGGAUGUGUUCAAUAACUCCUUUUGAGAGCACCAUUUAAUAUUUGUGUAAGAAAUUGAAUUUUAAUGAUCCCCCUAAUAGUGGAUUCUAUGAUUCUUUAGGUUACAGUCUUCUACUCAAUAUCUCAUUAUUCUUUUAAAAAAAAACAUGAGUGACAUCAACAAGACCUGGGUGACAGAAUUCUUCUUUCUAGGACUUUCUGAUGAUCUUCAAAUUCAGCUACUUCUCUUCAUACUCUUCCUGAUAGUCUACAUGGUUACUGUGCUUGGAAACCUGCUUCUCAUCUCCCUGGUUCUGAUUGACUCACAACUCCAUACAUCCAUGUACUUUUUCCUUUGCAACUUGUCUUUGGCUGACCUGUGCUUUUCUACUUGUAUUGUUCCCCAAGUUCUUGCCCACAUGUUAUACAGAAGAAAGGUCAUUUCCUUCACAGGCUGUGCAGCUCAGCUUCUUUUCUCCCUCUUUUUAGGAUGUACAGAGUGUGCACUCUUAGCUGUGAUGUCCUAUGACAGGUACUUGGCAAUCUGUGACCCCAUGCACUACCCUAUCAUCAUGACAUCGAGGUUAUGUGGCCACUUGGCCUUGGGUUGCUGGGUCAGUGGUAUUCUAGUGGCUUUGGUUGACACCACAUUCACAUUGCGACUCCCCUACCAAGGAGAUAAUAGAAUUGCUCAUUUCUUUUGUGAGUCUCCAGCCCUCUUAGCCUUGGCUUCUGCAGACACCCACAGCUCAAAGAUGGCCAUUUUCUUAAUGGGUGUUGUGAUUCUUCUAGCACCUGUGUCUCUGAUUCUGGCAUCCUAUGGCUCCAUUAUAGUGACUGUGAUCAGGAUGAAGACAACCUCAGGGAGACGUAAGGCAUUCUCCACUUGUGGCUCCCACCUCCUUGUGGUCAUUAUUUUUUAUGGGUCAGCCAUCAUUAACUAUAUGACACUUAAACCCUCAAAAGAGCAGGCAAAAGUGGUGUCUGUAUUUUAUACUGUGAUAAACCCCAUGCUUAAUCCCCUCAUUUACAGCCUGAGGAAUAAGGAUGUGAAUAAGGCACUUAGAAACAUUGCCAAAAAAAGGAAAUGCUUCAUAUCCUGAUUGUGUCACUGUCAUUCAUUAUAGCACUGUUUCUUCACUCCAGAGACUGCAAUAGCACUCCCGAUCCUAUUAAAAAAUUGCCUUUCCAUUAUUCUUAGCAUAUAUGAAUACAUGUUUAUAUUGCUUUAUAGUGAUUUCUAGAAUGUUUAUGUGUUGUAUACCAAUAAUAUGUCUCAGGCACAGAGAGAGGUGUGAUAUGAUACAUCUAUCACUCUGUAGAGCUAGAUGAGAACACUACUAAUAUGGAAGGUUUUAGAAAAACAGUUUUAGUAAUGUGGAAUUAACAUAAGAGACAGUUCUGCUCUAGACUUUGGGAAAUACACUCAGGCAUGGUAUAAUGUUUCUUGGGAACAAAAGAAGGAGUAGGAAGAGGAGGAGAAGGAAGAGAUAGUAGAUAAACAGGAAAAAUAGGAAAAAAUAGGAUGGAGGCAAAUACACAUUUAGUAAUCAUAACUCUGAAUAUGAAUGGCAUGAAUUCCCCUAUAAAAUGUAAACAGAUAACAAAGUGAAUUAAAAACUGGAAUCUUAUAAUAUUAUGCUUGCAAGAAACAUUUGAAGCAAAGGGAAACAUAUAGAGUAAAGGAAAGGGGC